UUUCCCCAACUUUCUUGCUUAGCUGACACUUCCACAGUCUGCUCUCUCGGAGACCAUCUGAAUUCCGUUGCUCGGAAUUCGAGUUCCGAUUCUCCGAGAGAUCGUCGUCGAAUAAGUAGGUGGAGGAAUGGAGUGAUCGAACCCGAAGGAUUCCGCCGAAUCUCCAUUGGGUUUUUUCUGUCGAGAUGUUGGGGUGAGUAUGGCUUCGUGAUUCCGUCUUUGUACGCUUGUGAUCGGUCCGGGUGAGAGGCAGGGGAGUGGUCCGGCGGAGUGAUGAUGUUGAGGCGCGGAAGUUUGGUGAUGGAGGUGGCGAUGCUGGUGGCCUUGGCGUUGGCGUCGGCGUCGGCGUCGGCGUUGGGUUCCGGGGAGGGAGCGUACAUCGCGUACAACACGUCGCAGGGGAUCGUGGAAGGGAAAAUUAACGUGCAUCUGGUGGCGCACACCCACGACGACGUCGGGUGGCUAAAGACCGUCGACCAGUACUACGUCGGCUCCAACAAUUCCAUUCAGGGAGCAUGCGUACAGAACGUCCUGGACUCAGUUAUCUCUGCUUUGUUAGCUGAUAAGAAUCGGAAGUUCAUCUAUGUAGAGCAGGCAUUUUUUCAGCGAUGGUGGAGAAACCAGAGCCCUAUGGUGCAGAAAAUUGUGAAAGAACUAGUUGACUCCGGACAGCUUGAAUUUAUAAAUGGUGGUAUGUGUAUGCAUGACAAAGCUGCGCCCCAUUACAUAGAUAUGAUUGAACAGACGACUCUAGGUCAUCGGUUUAUAAAGGAAGAGUUUGGCAAGACACCUAGAAUUGGUUGGCAGAUUGAUCCAUUUGGACACUCAGCGGUACAAGCUUAUUUGCAGAAGUUGGAUUUGAUUCAUUUUUCUUCGCUCGGAUUGAUUAUCAAGAUCGACAAAAGAGAAAGGAUGAAAAAAAUCUGGAGUUUGUGUGGCAAGGCUCUAGGACUCUUGGGUCAUCCUCACAACAGCUCCGCACUAGCUGGCAUCGCUGCACUUGUUACAGAUUCUGCAAGAAGCCUGGUCUAUGGUGUCUCUCAGCGGUUGCAGCCUGUUUGUGGGCAGAGAAGUUUUUUUGAAUCAAGAGGUGUCCUGGACUCAUGUUGUCUAAAUCGAGUGACUGUGGACAAGUUGCAGUUGCAGAGUUGCAACCAAUGUAGCAGUCAAAACUGCAGUUUUUAUUCCUUCGAUUGGCUUCCCAUCCCUCACUGCGAGUAGUAUUCAGUGUUUUCUGAAUCCAUUGGCAAGUGGCUAGAAAUUUGAAUGCCAUCAUGAAGAAAGGCACAAGCAUUUUAA